UAUAAUCACUGCAUAUAUCAUGGACAAUUAUUUUGUUAAAAUAUUUUUCAUACUUUUAUUUAGUUUUCAAUAGGCAUAAUACUGCGGAGUGCGGAUUGUCAAUCAUGGAGUAUUACUCUAUAUUAUAGACACAUUAUAGUCAUUAUUUUAUAGUCUGAAUACAUUUAAUGAUAAAUUGAUAAUUGCCUUAUUUCGACUUUUUAUCCAAUUUGAAAUUUUGCAACUUCCAGUAACCAAAUAGUUGAAAAUGCUUUCCACAAACUUGUAUAAUAACAUCGAUCUAUCCAGAAAACGUGAACAACAAAUCGAUACAUUAAAAGUUUUUAAUGAAAAUGUUUCAGAAAUUAGUUUCGAUAAAGAAUACUCUGUUGAAUUUCCUACUAAAGCUGGAAAUUUGAGCCUGGUUAUUGAUUUAGGUCCAAAAUUUCCUUUUGAGAAACCCACUAUGAAAAUAUGCCCUAGAAUUAACCAUAAAUGGGUGGACACUAAUGGCCAAAUAGUUCUAGCACCUGGAUUGAUGAAUUAUACUAUUCACUCUGAUUUGGGCAGAGUAGUACAGGUGAUAAGAAGAGAGUUUGAAUUAGACCAAUCACUUACACUUGCCAAUGGUGGUUCAGAUGGUUUUUCAGGGAAUAUCACCAUUGGUUGCAAAAAAAAUGCAAUUACCUCUCUUAGUAAUGACAUGGAAUUUUUUAGUCUUGCCAAACUAACAUCAGCUGAAUUACUACGUUUAAAUAAUAAUGUUGACUGCCUAGAUGAAUUUAUUUCAGAAUUACCAUCAAUAGAAGCAUCUAAUAAAAAUAUUGAAAAUACUAUCACUAAAAUAAUGGACUUAGCUAACUCAAACAUGUCUAAGAAAGAACCAAUAAGUAAUUUAAGAUCAGAAAUAUCAAAACAAUUAGAAACAAUAGAAACUUACCAAAAAUCAUAUGCUGGACUCUCAGCCAAGUAUGUUAAGUUAUCAGAGAAAUAUUCUCCACAAUCAAUCUCGGAUAAUUUAAAAAAUGCUGCAAUAAAAUGUGAUGAGGAAAGUGAACGAAUAGCAGAACAGUUCUUAAAUGGCGAUAUAGAUUGUGAUAAAUUUCUUCAAGUGUAUGUAAAAUCAAGAACUGUUUCAUAUACAAGGAAGGCAAAAGAAGACAGACUAAAUUAUCAGUUAAAACAACUAAAAGAGGCUGGAUUUUAAAUGUUAUUUUUAUAGCUGAAAAAUGUUAUCAAAUUUAUUAAUUUUUUUGCAUUUAGUGCAAUAUCACAUUUGGUCAAUCCAAUUUUAUAAUUAAAUGGUUGAUACCAUUCCAUGUUAUGUUGAAGCCUUUAAAUAGCUCAAUACUUAUUAAAUCAUUAUG